AUGUGUGCUGGGGAGAAACCCUAUCAGGGUAAUCAGUAUGGAAAAUACUUUGUCCAGAAGUUGCACCUCAGCAAUCAUGAGAUAAUUCAUACUGGAGAAGCACCUUAUAAGUGUAGCCAGUGUGCAUCAGGAGUGCAGCUCUUCCGGGUUUCUUCUGCGCAGGCGCUAUCCUGCCCCCGCCAGUUUCCAGCCAUAAGUUCCCGGAACUGCUGCUCUUUUGGCGCUGUGGUGCGGACUUUGAAUUCCUCCACAGAAUCCCUGAAGGUCCAUGAGACGGUGAGAGAGAAAGCGGCCACAGGGACCCUGGGUUGCAGGACCGGCGACCCUGACGAGGUGGGCAGAUCCGCAGGUGGUCGUCCGAAGCAGAACUUCCAUAUUCCGGUGGCUGGUAAGUUUAGAAGAAAUAUGGUGUUCCAGGAGUUGGUCUCAUUUGAGGACGUGGCUGUGAACUUUACCUGGGAGGAAUGGCAGGAUCUGGACAAUGCUCAGAGGACCCUCUACAGGGAGGUGAUGCUGGAGACCUACAGCAUCCUGGUGUCCUUGGGUCAAUGCAUCACUAAACCUGAGCUGAUCAUCAAGAUGGAGCAAGGAACAGAGCCAUGGAUGAGAAAAAAACCACCAAGCCAGAGCCCACUAGAUGCCCAGAAGAUGGAUGUCAUAAAUGAGAUCAAUGAGGAAAGUCAAGACAGACAUUUGUGGCAAGCUGGAAUCACUAUGAACAACACAACACCUAAGGAGAGAGUUAUAUUAGGACAUGCGUUUCAUUUGAGUUCCAGCCAUAUUUCAAAGCUAAUUGUAAAGAAUGCAGGCUCUUUAGGAGUGAAGCCAAAGGAGUUGAAUGUAUGUCAGAACACACAUCACCCUAGUAAGCCUGACGGGAUGUAUGCUGGUGAGAAACCCUAUCAGUGUAAUCAGAAUGGAAGUUUCUUUGUCCAGAAGUCACACCUCACCCAGCGUGAGAUAAUUCACACUGUGAAGAAGCCCAAUCAGUGUAAUCAGUGUGGAAAAACCUUUCACAAGAAGUCAUAUCUCACCAAGCAUAAGAUACUUCACACUGGAGAGAAGCCCUAUAAGUGCAGUCAGUGUGGUAAAACCUUUGCCUGGAAAUCAUCCCUCACCAUGCAUGCAAUGAUUCACACUGGGGAGAAACCCUAUAAGUGUAGUCAGUGUCAUAAAACCUUUGGCUAUAAGUCACAACUCACUAGGCAUGAGAUGAGUCACACUGGGGAGAAGCCCUAUCAGUGUAGUCAGUGUGGAAAAUCCUUUCACCUGAAGUAUAUUCUUGAAGUACAUGAGAAAAUUCACACUGGGGAAAGGCCCUAUCAAUGUAAUGAGUGUGGAAAAACCUUUGGCCGGAAAUCAAACCUUGCCAAGCAUGAGCGAAUUCACACUGGGGAGAAGCCCUAUCGGUGUAAUCAGGGUGGAAAAACCUUUGGCCAGAAGUCAAGACUCACCAGUCAUGAGAUGAGUCACAAUGAAGAGAAAACUUACAUGUGCAGUCAGUGUGGUAAAACCUUUUCGGGGAAGUCAGGCCUCAACACUCAUGAGAGAAUUCACACUGGGGAGAAGCCCUAUAAGUGUAUUGAGUGUCAUAAAACCUUUGUCUCAAAGUUACAACUCACUAGGCAUAAGAUGAUUCACACUGGGGAGAAACCCUAUCAGUGUAGUCAGUGUGGAAAAUCCUUUCACCUGAAGUCAAUCCUCAAUAGACAUGAGAUAAUUCACACUGGGGAAAGGCCCUAUCAAUGUAAUCAGUGUGGAAAAACCUUUAGCAGGAAAUCAAACCUCACCGAGCAUGAGAAAAUUCACACUGAGGAGAAGCCCUAUCAGUGUAGUCAGUGUGGAAAGUCCUUUCACCUGAAGUCAAUCCUCAUUGGACAUGAGAUGAUUCACACUGGGGAGAAGCCCUAUCAAUGUAAUUGGUGUGCAAAAACCUUUUGCCAGAAAUCAAGCCUCACCAUGCACGAGAGAAUUCACACUGGGGAGAAGCCAUAUCAGUGUAAUCAAUGUGGAAAAACCUUUGGCCGGAAGUCAAACCUCAGCAAGCAUCAGACCACUCACAAAAGAGGAGUCUUUUGAAGGUGGAAGACCUUACUCAGAAAUCAAACCUCAGGAAACAUCAGAGAAUUCACAUGGUGGGAAAAUCCUGAAUGGCAAAGGACUAGUGUCCUCCAAAAGCCAUUUCUCUUCUCUGUGAUACAGCAAGCUCUUUCCCUCCUCUUCCUGUGGCCAACAGCUCACAGCUCUUUGUGGAGAUUCAGACACAAGUGAUGAACUUUCCUUCCAGGCCUAAAUUUAACAGUGGCCUUGCAGUCCAUCAGACUCAGGGUGGGAAUGCUACAUGUCUUCAGUCACUGUGGGUUCAGACAGAAAUGAGAACAGAUGACUUUCCACCACUGGCCCAGCACCUUCCAUUUCUACAUGUGAGAAUUGAAGCCAUUUUAUGUAUGGUCUGUGCAUUUCAGUACCCACAGCCACUGUUGCUUACUCACUUUAUGAAUUUGGGAGGUGUUCCUGAGAGACUCACCCAGUUCAUGUUUAUCAGCAAAUUCAUACAGAAGGGAAACCUAUGUUGUCCCCUUUCAUCUCUAAGUCAGGUUUGGGAAGAAUGAAAGAAAUGUGGGGGCUAGGGAGCAGUGCCUUAUGACUAUAAUCCCAGCUAUUUGGGAGGUGGAGGGUGGAGGAUUGUGGCUCAAGAUUAUCCUGUGCAGAGAGAUAGCAAGACCCCAUUUCAACUAAUAAGCCAAUUGUCACCACAGCUGUACCCUUCUGUAACCCUAGUUCUGUGAUCAGCAUUGGUACAAGGAUUGUGUUCUAGGCCUCUCUGGUCAAAAACAGACCCUAUGUGAAAAAUAACCUAAAAAGAAAGUGGGAUAUGACUCAAGUGGUGUCAACCUGCUAAGCUUUAGGUCCUUGGUUCACACACAAUUCUAUCCAUAGCACCUCCUGAUUUGAAAUUUCGUAUCCAUCCUGUUUAGAGGAUUAUUUGGGGUGGCUGUCACUUUCUUCUACUUAACAUUUCUUACUCACAGAAUUUUAUAAGUCACCAGUAUGACCAUAAUAUAUGGUUGCAUAUCCAGUCUUCAUAGGAGGUCUUAGUUUCAGGGUGGUGAAUAAGUGUCCAUUGGCCCUGAAAUCUUGGUAGUCAUUGAAUUUGUGUGCUGAAGCUGCUCACACCAUCAGGAGUCUGUGUUAAUAGGAUACAGAGAAGCUGUGAACAGUGUCCUGAAGGUAUAAAUGUCCAGGUAUUCUGAAUGCCUAAGGCCCAUCCCAUGUGACUGAUAGAAGCCAACUGUAUUCUUUUUUCUAGUGUGUGGUUUUUUCUCUAGCUCCAAAUCUGUAGAGGUGGGUCACUGCUCUUUAUAGUUAAGUCCUGCCUUGAUUGAAUUUGCCCUGUGUCUGACUUUUUUGAAUAUCUUAAAAUUACAGUGGGUUUACAUUUCCUUAGUAUGUUGUAGUUAAUUUUUUACGAUCAUUGAUCCAUUAUUUCUCUUAUUAUCUAUGUUGACUUCCUUCACACAUCCACAAGCCUUUUCUGAAUUGGAUUUGCAUAGAUCUUAGAUCUCAGCAUGUACCUCCUUGGAGUGGAUCACUUCACCCAGGUAGUGUGGUCUUUCCUGGAGACCAGACAAGAACAGUAGUGGUAGUUUUGGCUACAACUGAUCAAUCAGGCCCAAUUCCCAUCCUAGAACAGAUGUCAAAGUUAUGCUUUUGUCAUCUCUACCACUGCUCACUGGGGACUCCCCACACUGUUUACAGUCCCUGAUAUGUCCCAAAUGCUGACAGCAAGGUAUAGACUUUAAAUACCAGUGUGAGUACAAAUAUAAGGGAAAGAAAUGCCUAGGUGUUUCUUAAGGAAAAGCAAACCAAAAAUAAGAAGUUAGAGUACCUAUCCUUAUUCCAGACACACUUGGCUUUAAAUCAAAAACCAUUCUUAGAGUUUGUUCCAAGUCUAUAAAUGAGUGUUAAAAGAUUCCACCUGUCAGGCUGCUACAACAAUUCUAAGUGUGCACACCGUACGUCACACGUUUAGCAUGUAUAUAGUGAACCUAAAGGAGUAGGCAAUGACACACAGCAGUGGAAAAUAGUCAACAUGUGCUAUGCUCUGAUAUACUUCUACAUCAUAUUGUAUUUCAAUUGAAAAAUAAAUCUAUGUCCUCAGAAUUAACUGAGCCUGUAGCAACUACAGAUUUAGCUCAGGGGAGGAGGAAGUAGAAAGAUCUAGUCUGGAUAUCUCUGGCAGAGGAUUUGGCUUUUUACAUUUUUUUGUGUGCACUCUUUUUUUGU